AUGGCCGACCCACUGCAAGUGUUGCGCGAAUACGCGCUAGGGCGGCGCACCUUCAAGGAGAUUGUUCAGGGCAACGACACGUACUACCUGUUCGACGACAUUGCCUACGACAAGAACGCCAAGACGAGCCUCACAAUUUAUGGCCGCACCGAUGACUACUACACGCUGGAGUCGCUGUACUUCAUCUGGGAACGUCGCGACAUUCCCCAUCCAGCCUACGUGAAGGAGGCGGCCGGAAAGUCAAUCCGAGCCGUCGGGCGUCCCGAUCGACGUGACCUGCUCGACUACCUGCGUGGCGAUCGCCAAGAAGUGCCCACCAAUUUCGAUCGUCUCGCCCAGACUGCGCCUCCCAUCCCGGCCUCCAGAUUUCAAGAAUUCGAACCGGAGCGCAAACGCGCCAAGCUCGACCCCAGCGCCGAGGCAACAGUGCAACGAGAGGCCGGAUCGGCGACGCCUGCCGUUGAUGAGUCGAAUCUGCGCGCGCUCAGCGAUAACCUGACGGCCGACAAGAUCGCCGCCCUCCGAAAGAAGAAGGCCAACCAUCAGAAGCGCACCACGGUCCUCGAUGAUAUGGACAUCACAACCGGUGAAGCGGUGCCUCGACCCGCUUCUGAUAUUCGGAAAGUGGAACGCGUCUGGCACACGCGAAGCAACUGCAUGGAGAGCUUGGCCAGGGGCAGCAAUUUCUCCUUCACGCGCGAAGAGACGGAGGCACGCAACAAGGCACUCGGCGGCCAGCAACAAAAGAUGGACCCGAAUCGGGGGAAGAAGAACCAGCUCGGGUAUUCCCGUUACGACCAGGAGCAGUUUGACAAGAACGACCACGACUUCGGCGCUGAGAUGACGUUCGUCGGCACCAACAUGAAAACAUCACCCGAGAAGAGACCCUUGGCUGGAGGUCCCGCGAAUCGUGGCCCGCUCACCCAGUCACAGCCCUCGGUCUCUUCCACAGACAACGGUGCCCCGAAGAAGCGGACGCAACGCACGCCGAUCAUCAUCAUCCCCGCGUCAACGAACCAGCACUCGAUCAUCUCGAUGUACAACGUCCGCGACAUUUUGCAGGAGCUCAGCUUCACCGCUGAGGACGUGCGCAAGCAGCAGGGAAAGCGGGAAAAUGAGGUAUUGAUCCAACGAAGAAAGGGCGGUCAAACAGUCCCCUACCGCGUCGUCGACACCCCACAACGGCUCACCAGCGAGGAAUGGGACCGAGUGGUCGCCGUUUUUGCAUUGGGUCCGACUUGGCAAUUCAAAGGCUGGCCCCGAUGGAACGGCAACCCCACCGAGAUCUUUAACAAUGUGGCUGGCUUCCAUCUGGCCUAUGACAACGUGCCCGUCGAGCCGAAUGUCGCCAAGUGGUCGGUAAAAGUGCUGGCCCUCUCACGCGACAAGCGCCAUCUUGACCGCGCCCGUCUGCAGGUCUUCUGGGACCUCCUCGACCGCCACAUCGCCAAGGCCAAGCCCCAUCUCCGUUUC